AUGUCUGAGAAAGCAUCAAACAUGACGUCAAAACCAAAUACUCCCAAUACUGCUCGCGACAAUAUCACGUCGGCAUGGAAUACCCUCAGGAAUUUGAACUUUUCCCAAGGACGCGAGAUCAAGGGCACCAUUUACAAUAUUGGGGCUGUGGCGGGGGUGUCCACUGUUGUGGCCUUUAUCUUUGUCCUCCUGCCCUUCCUCAAGCCCCUCAUGUGGGCUCUUCUCAUUGGGGCCGUGGUGUAUCCCUUCAAGCGGAAGAUGUCCUCAAGUGUGAAGACCUGGUUCGAGCGGCUCGAACAGACUGAUGGGAAUCUCUUUGUUGGCAUUGCCAUGGCACCAACACACAGUCUGGACGCCCUUGGGGAGGUCCUGGCCGACUUCCUCAGGAACCACAAGCAUUUGAUCCUCAUCGGUGUGGGUGGAUUGAGUCUCACAAGGCUCACGGUGGAGUAUGCCCCUCGGAAGUUCCUCUGUCUCAUGUGGAGGGCCAUUGUUAUGAGUCACACCUACGUUACCAACGUUCUGGGGCAGCUGAGUGCGCAUUUGGUGGUGACCUUCCUGGUGGCCUACUUUGCCACAGUGGUGCUCUUCUGGAAGCCCACAAAUCACACAAAAUUCAUGAUGUUCGGGCAAUCCUUGUGGCUGCUGCUUGUAGCGUACAUUUGCAGCUUCCUGGGACCCCUGCAGGUGCCUGUUUUCAUGGCUGUCCUACUCUAUGGGCUCGCUGGAACAAUCUACAGCUACCGCAUGCAGUCCGAACGCUCUGCUAUUGAGGAUGUCAGCCUCACUGAGCGUCUCAGACGCUUCAUGGACGUCCCCAAAGCUCUCAAGCCCUCAAAAGAGCAACUCAACACUUCUGCUGCUGCUGCUGCUUCGAAAACUCAACUGGAUGCUCCACCACCUCCGGAAAUUCCUGCACCCACUGAUCCGGAGACUGGAGAGAGUGAUUUGUACUUCAAAAUCCUCUUCCUAGCCUGCGGGGGGACGAUUGUGUUUCGCAAUAUGUGGCUCCUUGUCUUCUCUGCUGUUCCCAUUUUCAUGCAUUUCACCAAAGAAGCCAUGACAUCCACAGGAAGCCUUGAGUAUCUCAAUGAGAAGAUCAUUCGCACGCAGACGAUCGUGGAGAAUUGGAUAAGUGAGCGCUACACCGCUGUCUUUCCCAUCUGCCUCCCUGGGGUGAUUAUGAUUAACCGGAAGGUACAUCGCUGCCUGAGGGACAACCUCAAGUCUUCUGUGGAUACAAUGUCUUCCAUUGCCGUCAUUGUGCUAAUGUUGGUGGUGGUAAUUUCCGCUGGAGUCUUUCUUGCUGUGCAAAUUUACUCAGAGGGAAUUGCCGUAGCGCAACUUGGGCACGAGGUAAUUCAGAAGGCCUUCAUCCACAGACCCGAGCUCAAAGAUAUGUUCCCGGAAAGUACCUUUGAUAACAUCAUCGACAAUGCCCAUGAAUACGGGAGGAAUACCAUUGAAACGUACAUUGAUGACAUCCUCAAGGACACGGAUAAGCAACAGGCAGCAAAGCUAAAGGAACAAGUUCUAACCACAUGGGAUCGUCUUGUGCAGAAUGUCCUGGAGCGCAAUGGGGAUGAUGUAAUUGGGCCAAAAAUGGGCUUCGGGAUUCGGGAGUCUUUUGAUGAGAUUGUGGACAAUCCAGCAGCCAAGGAGGGCAUCAUUGCGUGGGCUAAAAGUAACGUUGGAAUGCUCAGAGAUGUCAUGGAUUCCCUGUGGAUUAUUUUGCAGAAGAAUAUGUACCUCCUGGGCACUGUUCUUGGAUCCGUGUUCUCCGUUGUCCUAGGUGGAGGACAUGCUGUUGUAACCUUCGUUGUGGAUACGAUUGUCUUCUUCACUGCUCUCUUCUACCUUCUGUGCAGCAGUGAGGAGAGAUACUCACCCCUUGUCUUUGUGACAUCUCUGGGUUUUAAAUCCGGCCCAAGAAUCGCCGAGGCGAUUGAAGGUUCAAUUGCCGGCGUGAUUGCGGCAACGGCAAAAAUUGCUCUCUUCCACGGACUCUUCACGUGGCUCACGCACACAAUGUUCAGCGUGAAUGUGGUGUACCUACCAGCCGUCUUGGCCACUGUGCUGGCAGCUGCACCCUUCCUCGGGACGUACUGGUGUGCUGUGCCGGCAUUCUUUGAUCUCUGGCUGGCACAGGAUAGAUUCUGGAUGGCUGUGAUUUUGCUGGCACUCCACUUCUUCAUCCCCUCCACAGUGGAUGCGGUGGUUUAUGCGGAGAUCAAGAGUUCAGGGCAUCCCUAUCUCACGGGUCUCUCAAUCGCCGGUGGACUGUACUGGAUGGGGCUGCAAGGGGCUGUCAUUGGGCCCCUCCUGCUCUGCCUUCUCGUGAUGAUCUUCGACCUGACAGUGUCGGCAGUUAAUAAGGAAUCCCCCAUCGCGAAUGCUGUGUCAACGUCCAAAUGAAAUCAACUGAAUUUUGUGCUUGAAGACUUUAUUCGCGCACUGCACGCAACUAACAAGAGAACCUCAAUUUAAAACGUGAUAAGAAGAUCAAUGUGGGACAAGAAAAAUGCUGAAACAUCGAACCAAAAUUACCCAGAAGAAGAUGCAAAGAAAACUUUACCAAGGAAAUUCCGGAUGUUUGUUCAUUCUGAAAAAAAGAGAGAGAGAAAAAUGCAAAAUUUAAGACUUAAUCAUUAAAAGGAAAUUCCCGGAAGAGCUUACCCCUUGAAGAAGGAGAAAUCGCACACCCGGACGUUCUCCUUGAUAUCCGCGAGAACCUUCAUAUCUUCAUCAGAGAGAGUAAAAUCAAACAAAUCAAUAUUCUGCUUCAAACGGGCGGCAUUUGUACUCUUCGGGAUGACAACUAAGCCUCUCUGGAUGCUGUACUUGAGGAGAAUCUGCGGUGAUGUCUUUCCGUACUUACUGGCCAUCUUCACAACUACGGGAUUCUCAAUUACAUCCGGUAUGUCGCGUCUGCAAUCAAUUUAAAAUCUCUUUGUAAAACAUAACUCAAAUCCAUGAAUUUCUGCAUGAAUUUACAUAAUAUUUAUGCUUUAAUUUUUUGUCAUAAAAAUAUUAUUGAACUGUUUCAUUUUUAUAUAUUAUAAAAUGUUUGUGAAAUAAAUCCUUUAUAUAAUGUCUA